AUGUGUUCAAACUCCGCCUUCGCGGCCUGGAAACGCUCCGGUGCUAGUCGUCUCGGCCAAGCAAGCACGGGAGGACCUGAGGUGCGGAUAUAGUGCAGGACAUCAUAUUGGACCUCACCACUGCAAAACCGGGAGUUGAUUAUUUUGGGGUGUCUAAGAAGCAGUUGCCGAAUGGGGCUAGUAAUAUCUGUACCCAAGACAAAUAAUUUGGUGGAACAAUCAAGGAAGUUAGUCUACGAACAGGCAGAUCGGUUGUGCCGUCGAGGAGACACGCGCGCCGGCAGUUAACAAGGAGAUUGAACUCGGCAAGAAAGUCCGAGCCGAGGAUUGCAUGAGGGACAUCAGCAAUCACAAAGAUCCAGGUGAAUGACCGACGAAGACCAAUGUUCAGGGUGAGAAACAGGCUGUCAAGAGUGGGGAUGGGGGAACAGAUGGCAGCUUGGAGGUGAAGACCAGGGCUGGGAACACGACGCUCGGCUGGAUUUGGGGGAACAAAGCUGAUUUGGGCCCCAGUAUCCACAAGGAAACGUCUGCGAGUCGCAGUGUCGCACACAAAGAAGGUGUGGCCAGAGCCGUUAGAACAAGAGAAAACGGUCGCAUCUAUUCUCUAGCUGAGUGGUUUCCCUGUGUCGGCUUAAAGAACAGGGUGAGGAACAUCAACGGCCCUUUAUGCCGAAGUUAGGGUAAUACUAACAAGUAUCGGCAGUCCGAGGUCGCAAACGGGAACGACGACGGCUGCGUGAGCGACUGGAAGUAAGGCGUGCCAGCUGUAUUUUAAGGGAGGCCAUCUCAUCCGCCAUGGCCGACACCUGCUUCAUUAAAUGCUCAUUCACCGUCGAUGAGGAUGUGGAGCUCUGGCAACGGAACCCGACUAGAACCGCUGCACUUCUAUCAUUCGAUCCGCCAUUUCAGCCAGCUGUGGGAUCGUGAGAUCUUGAGAACCGGACGCCAGGAUCGUUUGAACAUCUGCAGGCAGACGCUCUAGAAACACCUCCCUGUCGAAUGUAUCGUCAACCUGCAUGGCUGCAUGGAGAAAACGCAUUCGACGUAGAAGUUCUGAGGGCUUCCGAGGAGAUGUCAUCCAGGUGUAUCGGAUAUUGAGGAACCGGGAAUGUGCCCUAAACCUUGACGAGUUCUUCAUCCUGGCCACAACAACAAACCUGCGUGGGAACCCUCCAAAACUUAGAGGAUCCCGAUGCCGCCUGGGCGUUCGCAAAUACUCUUUUUCACAGCGAGUCGUCGGUGCCUGGAACGGGCUUCCCAAGGACGUAAUAAUGGCGGAUUCCACGGAGACAUUCAAGCAAAGACUAGAUGUAUAUUAGCUCGGAAAUUAGCGCUUGUCCGGACAGAACAGCUCUGUUGUGCCAAACCAACGAAUUGCAUACACCUACCGAAAAUGUGGAUGACUGUCAUUUCAUUUUACCGAAAUCAUCUACAACUGAAUGUUCUUGAGUUUCGGUCGUGCAUUUGUAAGAGAAAUAUUCUGUUAAAUGUAAAUAUUACUGACAACAUUUUAGUACCAUGGUUGUUUUAAAGUUAGAUAUUGCAUGUAUAGUUUACAAUAGGGGUUUCAAAGCCAUUGCCUAUUACCCUUAAAAUAUACUGACCUACUGACAUAGGUAGAUUCAACCGUCAGUUUGUUUACUUCUGAUUAGUAUAAAUGGUUACGAGUGGGCCCCUCUGUUGCCACACCCCAAGGGGUUCGUUUUAGAGUUCACUAGAUUCUGCAGUAGUCUGCCCCGGUGUGAAAUCAUAGUACCUUAUGUUAUAUGUGAGAUUGUAGCGGUCGCCGAUGUUGAGAGCGACACAUUCGGCUAGACAUAGAACACGGGGGAAGUUUUCCGGCUACGAAAGUGUUGCCCUGAGCGACUAAACCUCUUGUCAAACACGUACACAUAAAUUUAUUAAGAAAAGCUUUUGAAACGUAUGAAAAUAGUGUUAGAAGAUGUAAUCGGAUUGAAUCAUAAAGAUGGAAUACAGCAGUAUUUGGGGGAGCAACGUUUCAUGUAUAAUCAAAGCGUCUAACGUGGGAAAUGAUCUCUAUAUGUCCGUUAGACUACCGUUGGGAGUGAAGUGCUAGCAGCUACUGCAGGGGAGGAUUGUGGAAGUUGCGGAUAUCGUGCGAGAGAUAAUGAUGUCUGGUGCGAAUGUCGAUUGCGGGGUAAGGGAGUCUGGUAUUGCAGGUGAAGGUCACUGACAUCUUUAUCGCCACUCGAUCACCAUCCUUAUCCUAUGUCUGCGUCAAAAAGCGACUUAUUUCCUUCUGAGCAACUAAGUCAGUUCUUUGGUGAUGUAACGGACCAGGAAUUGCGCAGUUUUUUGAAUGUUGUGAACACUUUGCGCGGAUCCAGGGUGGGGAUGAUGCAAUCUUGCGUCGCUGAAAAUAGUCGGUGCCUUCCCCCUCUAUAGCCCGAACCCUCCCCGUAACUCAUCGCAACGUUAUCUCUCCCUCUCUGUCUCCCGCUCUACGCCGGCACCUCCGACGGUCCUCCACUGCUGCUGUCACAGCGAUGCCAUUCCCACAGGUUGUCUAGCAGACACGCUGACGCUACCUGUCCAGCUAGACGGACUGUCUUACCUGUUGUAGCUCCAUUUAUCCCUGUGCCAGUCAUUACUCUCCGAUUUAUCGAAGUUCCGGUUUCUAGUAUCCCUAUUUCUAGCAGUUUAAAUCUUCCAUUCUCCUUGCAAGAGGAAUAGAAAUUAUUGCUUGGAUGAGAAUGACGAUGCGUUUGACAACUCUCCAGCUUGCUGACUCGGUGUGUGCUAUGUUUCAGGUCUCCGGUCACCGCAGUGUGUUGCAAGACCAUGGAUUUAAAACUCCCAAUUUUCGAUGUCUACGAAUUUACUGCACCGUACCCAUCCUGUCUCUGUACCUCAGCUAGUGUUGCCAUCACAACGAAUAACGAAGAUUUACAACAAGUAUUCAAACACGAGUUUAAUCUCUCGCUUAUGUAGGAUCCUUUGCUGCAAACCAUUUUCAGGAUAGUAAAUUCGCGGUGAGUAUGGCUGAUGCACAAAAUGUGGAAGAAAUAAAUUACGUUCAUCAACAAACUAUUCAAGCGGAGACGGUUGCGAAAGAACUCCGUUACCAAAAAUUGUUUACUAAAUUUGGCAUAAACCCCUUUAAAAAAAGUAUUAUAAUUUUCAAACGCCUUUUGCAUUUAACACAAAUAUAGUCUGCGUAUUAACGGGAAAACCGAAUGCCCGUUCAGAAGUUGGACAGAUAGAUGGUUUGACAGUUACAUUAUUGAACGCUUUUGCACAGAACACUUCCUGAAGGUUAUUAAUCGUGCCGCCCUAGAGCCCAAGAAGGUGCAUGAAGAACCACAAACGGUUAAUCAAGAAUAUGGGUGGAUACCUGUACCUCUAGUUAGUUGGAGUUUGCAUGUUUAUGCAUAAAUUCUUUAAUUAAUUCUUCGUUCGUUACUAUAGUUCGAACUAUAGUUCGGGAAGGUCCACUCAAGUGGACGAUCGAUCGUUAUUAAUAAUAACUAAGGUAAUCAAUGACUAUAGUUAUUACAAGCAUAUUCUCUUAGAAAAGGUUUCUGAAGCCCAAUUCACUAUGGAUUUAACGUUUUGUGUCGUGAACUGAACUAUAUAGUUCAAAAGAAUAAUAUUAUUCUUUUGUGACCAUGGUGAGUUCAUCCUAUAGGGAGAAAUCUGUCGAAUUACUGCAAUGAAGAAAUUAGCAAGUCCACGGGUGCGUUUGUGCACAAAAUUCGGAGUAAGAUGUCACGGGGAAUUAAUGAUCAACCUACAGUUCAGGAGGAGAUUUGGUAGUGUGAAAUACAAAAACACCUCAUCGAACAAAUUUAAGUGAUCAUAUUGAGAGGGUAAAGUGUUGCCUGAAAUGAGUGGACGAUCCCGCUUCAGCACAAUUUAGUCAGUGGUUCAGCUCAAGAUUUCAGUGCUUUUCGUUUAAAGACCAUAAACACGGCGCGUAGGAUAUUGUUCGAUCUACAUGACUUUGUGGUUCUUACAUAAUGCUCUGGAAGAUAUCCUUGAGUCAUAAACUCCCAAUAAUGAGUCCAAAUGCAAUGAUUAAAGUCCCCUUCGGUCCUCUUGCUUUACGAAGAAGCAGGCUUAAGUAAUUCAUUUGUUGGUAAAGAUAUUUGUAACAAGACGGAACAUAGCUGUCUUCAGUAGCAGCUGAGAGAUAGUUCGUAUGUUGGCGUUCUUUGAUAUUACCAAAAUAUCACGCGUAUUCCGCGUAGUUUAAUAAAAUAGAAACGACUUUCUUUCAAAGAGUAAAUUUUGAUGAGAUCACUUCCUACCUUUAUUGGAUUGCCGUCAAAUUAUUUGCGCCAGAGGCCGCUUAUUAAAGAUUUACUGCAGUAUGAAGUAAAAAAUCGCGAGUAACUCAGCUUUUAUUCUAACAGCUAUUCAUAGAGGGCAAUUAAGAAAAUAAAAGCAAGAUGCGAUGCGUUUGCGGAUCUAGAAAUGUGCUUCUUCGAUAUAAAGUUGUUUGUUUCCAACACCACCCGGUUUAGUAGAGGGUAAACUGUACCAAAGACAGGAAUUAAACUAAGGCCGAUAUCGUUAAACAGUCGUAAGGCAUUUCAUGGGAUUUUAAUGAAAAAACAAGGCACUCAACAAGAGGGAACGGAGUAUUCAGAAAAGAAUUUUUGAAGUGGCGAUGCGCAUCUGACGCUGAAAUGUGAAAGAUUUUCAGCUAAGGAUGAGAGUAAGCUUUACUUGCCUAGUCCUUCGGUACUUUGUUUGAGCCGGUGUUACCGAAUGACUGCUUUCUUGCUUAUUUUUUAAGUCUGACCUACCGUGUAUUGUGUGAAUAAAUUUAUGAAAUAAAUUUCAACUGCCGUUCCGAGCUCGAUAUAAUCAGCAUGCUUUUUAAUCUCAUUUAGGAAUUAUUCUUCGUUGGUCAUAGCGGUGCCUUCAUAUUCUUCGAAGCAUGAGGGAAAGAACAUAUAAACAUCUCAACGGGUUUUAGAACACAAGACCACAAGCCACCUACAUAUUAGUUACACUGGCACUAAACUUGGUCGCUGACAUAUAGGUUGUCGAGGCGUUGUUUUGUGGAAUAAAUUUGACCAAAGCAAAGGCAUGUUUUUCCGCCUUUGCCCUGUUCAUAGGUAGAGUAAAUUAUAAAUAACGCAUUCUUUGUGCCAGUUUUUUGGCGGUUUUUUUUAACAGUAUUUCGGACCAAGCGUAUGCAGAAUACUCUUCUAGGGCAACUAACAACAGAAAAACUUUUUAAGUCUUUUGGUAUCGAGCGCACGAAAUGGAUCGAUUCGCUUUGUGCCUACCGGUCCAACCCUUUCAGGGUUGCAUGCAUAAAACACGGGCAAAUACCAGCAUUGACACUUCACUAUAAAUGUUUCAUCCGGUUACAUAUUUUCAAUAAUUUGCGCUGUGAAGGAAAUUUCGACACAUACUGAGGUCGCCAUGACUAUGAGUGGAGCAAUCGAAUGCAAUCGAUUGUUGGAACUUCUGGCAUCGUGAAACUUAAUGUGUAGGUCUGCUACGCGCAAGCUGUGACUGUGAAAACCAUGAACUAGAUACGCAGAAAACCAAUUAUUUGAAGUUUUAUCUCAAGUUUUUGACGGUAACUUUGGUAACAUCUAGCAUCUGACUUUCAAUUUUUUGAGGCAUUUAUACUGGGUAUACGAAUUUUAAUCUACCUUAUUUCUUAGAUGCAGAACGACCCACGUGACAGACGAUUUAAUUUUGGAAAGAAAAGCUGUGAGAUGACGCUAUUCAUGGGAAGCUUUUGGAAACAGAAGGAGGCCAGCUCGAUGGGCGCUAAAGAGCCAACUGCAUAA